GACUGCAGACAUAGUACAGGAGAUGACCAGAGACUGCGGACAUAGUACAGGAGAUGACCAGAGACUGCGGACAUAGUACAGGAGAUGACCAGAGACUGCGGACACAGUACAGGAGAUGACCAGAGACUGCGGACACAGUACAGGAGAUGACCGGAGACUGCGGACACAGUACAGGAGGUGACCAGAGACUGCGGACAUUGUACGGACGACCAGAGACUGCGGACAUAGUACAGAAGAUAACCAGAGACUGCGGACAAAGUACAGGAGAUGACCAGAGACUGUGGACACAGUACAGGAGAUGACCAGAGACUGCG